GGAUGCGACAAAAUAUGGAUUCCUGCGCGUUUUGUUGACAAACAACCAAACAACUUAGUUUGAAGUGUUGCAUUAAUUCCAAGACCAUUUUAAAGCUUGUUUGCCCCCUCAAACACCCCCUAUAAUGCAUACAAAGCUCUAAGCCCGCCCACGACUCAGUUUUUAAUUUUAGGUUAUGUUGUGUGUUUUAACCCCCUUUGUAAGUUAUGAGCGAAACAGAUGAUACGGACGAGCUGCUACUGAUCCCCCCUGAUUUGUUCGCCCCAAACCCCGAUUUACAAAACCUGGAGCCCUAUUACAACGUUGUAGACUGUUUGAUAACUCAGGUGAACCAUUUAGAGACCCGGAUCAACCUGAUUGAAAGCUCUUCUGAGUUAAGCGUUAGUUUGAUAAGUGAGUCGCCGGAGAUGCAAUCACGUAAAUUCAGCGACGAGAAAACGUGUUCGAGUAGCACCCAGAGUACGCCGCAGAAGCCCCGCACCAAGUUUACAAUGAGUUCUUUACCAAAUAGCCCUGAUAUCGAAAAACUGAAAAAGUCGCCACAGAAACGAAUCUUGAGGUCUAAAAAACCCGAAUUUAGCCCCAUGUUGGGCGAAAUUGAUAGUUUUCUUUCGAAUGUUAAAAUGAUAAAGAGGAUGAACGCGGUGAGGAAUUUAGAGAACGAUUUUGACUUGGAGGGUGUGAAUACAAAGAAGUUGAAUAUGAAUCAGGUGAAUGAGAUGUUGAGGGAGGUGGAGUUGGAGGAUAAAAAAAUGGAAAGGAAUGUGGAGAAGCCGUGUGUGAAGGAGAAGGUAUGGCAAGCCGGUGAUAACGUGGGUAGUGUCCCGGAUUAUGGGUAUGGCGCCCGAAAGACACUAUAUUGUGAGGAAAAAAAGCGUCUCGAUAAUUCGUUCGAAAGAACUGACACUGAUAGCAGCUCUGAGUCCACUCAAAUGACGGCUUUUAAUAAAUUCAGUUACAAAUCAAAACCGAACAAUACAGACGAUGAUUUUAACUUGGGUUUGGUUAGUUUAGCGAAACUGUGGAAAUCGAACGAUUUGCGGGAAGUACCAGAAAAGUUUCAACAGAAAUUGCAUGAAGAGAGGUUAAGGAGACAGCACUGCGAGCAAGCGAUUCAAGAUCUCCAAAACCGCGUUCUCGAACUACAGGAACGCGUAGCCGUGGCUAUUCAAGUCGACGAAGCUAAAGAUAAAGCGAUCGUGCGUUUUCACGAAUCUUGGGAGAAAGCGGGUGCGAAGUUGCAAGAUAUAGAAAAACAAAAAGAACGUCUGGAGGAAGAAGUAGAGAAAUUAAGAAAGAGAUUGAAUGAGGAUUGCGAUGAAGCCAAUCAGAAAAUAGCACACUAUGAAAAGGAAACUUCUUUGGCUUUAAAUAUAGCUCACGCUAGUCAAGAUAAAGUAGCAAUGUUGGAAAAGCGGUGUGAGCAACUAGAGAAUGAGGUGAAAACGGCUCAGAGUGACUCAGAUGAGCUUCAUAAGAAGUAUUUAGGAGAAGUGGAGAAGAAUCGGCAAUAUCCGGAGAUUUUGGCCCAAAAAGAUUUAGAACUAAACGAUUGUAAGUCGGUUCUGGCUGAAGCUAGGAAAGAAGUGUCUCAGUGCAAAAAAACGGUGGAAAUGUGCCAAAACGAACUUCUGACAAUGAAAAGCGAAAAUGAAACCCUUCAAACGAAGCUAGAAGUAGAAAAAGAGAGUAAUAAGAAAAUUGGUGACCAGAAAAAUAAAUUGUUGGAAGAAAUCAGCGCCCAUAAAAGCAUAUCGAGAGGUCUCCAGGACGAGUUAACCAAAGCCAGAGAACAAAUGGAAAACAACAAAAUCGAACUUAAAAACUUCUACCAAGGCCAGGUCGAACUCGUGGUACAAAGCAAACUCAAAGAAUUCCAAACCCAGUUGGACGACGCCGAAAAAGCUUUAAAAGAAGAGUUGUCCAGAAAAGAACUAUCAAUUGCAAAAACCGCAGCCUCUCACAUACAACAAAUUUCAGAAAAGCACUCGUUAGAAAUCAAACUCCUCGAAGAAAAGCACCAAGAAGAAUCCCGCCUCUACCAAGUCCAGAUCUCGCAGCUGCGCCACGAGCUCGAGGAAGCCAACGUCAGAGUGAAGCGCCAGCACGACAAACACCUCCACAUCGAGAAACAACUUCACAAGUUCAUGGAAAGUCUCAAGCAAGACCACAUGACCACCCUGGACGAAAUGAACUCUUUCCGGUCCAAGUCGUUCAACAAUCUGGAGGAGAUUUUGUCUUUUAAUAUGGCGGAGGAGGAGCGGACGCGGAAGGCGGAGCUUGAUGAUUCGCGGUUCAGGGAGGGGGAGACGCCGGUGACGAGUCGGAACGAGAAAGGAGCGAAGCGGAAGGAGGGGACUUUGCAGGAGACGAUUCAGAUGUUGUUGGAGAAGAGGGGGUUCGAGGAUGGACAGGUGACGAAGGAGCUUUUUCAGAAGUUGGGGAAGGAUAUGAAGGGGAAGCCGCCAUGGAAGUGAGGGAUUUAUUGUGAUUUAUUUACGUGUUUAUGUAGUUUUUAUUUAUUUUUUUUAUAUGUGGAAUAAAUUAUUGUUUUUCGCGGUGGAGUGUGGAUGAUGUGAUUUUGCAAUAAAAGGAGAAAGUUGA